AUGCAUUUCAAGGAACGAUUCUUGAGACAGGCUGAAGUCCUGCAAGAUCUAUAUGGCGUUGCCUGGUUCCGAAAUUUUGCAGUCAAGACGAAAGCGUAUGCUGCUAUUGCUAGCACCGAUACUGCUGCUAAAGACAACUUCAAGGAUGAUAUCUUUGAAGCAGUUCUUGCAACAGGAUUCCUGUGCAACUGUGAUCGAACAAGAACAGCUCCUCUGAUGCUGGAUCUUCAGACAAUCUACUGCAGGGAAGUGGAUUAUUAUCCAAAGACGGUCAGCAAAGCACAAGAUAUGUUGAAGAUUCACAUGGAUGUGAUCAAGAAUCCGGGAGUGAACCUAUACCAAGGAAAAGACCAACCAAAUAAAGGUAAAGGUAAAGGAAAGGGUAAACCGAAGGACAAAAAGAAAAAGGCAGCAUGUUAUGUAUGUGGCAAAGGGGACCAUAUGUCUCCAAAAUGCCCAGACAGACUGCUACCAGAGAUUCAAUGGAAGCAUCCGAAACACUAUGUUGAUUACGGGAAGAAGCUCAAUGUUAAUCAGAUUGGAGCAACUGUCCCAACUACAGCUACAGUUCCUGGAACUUCUCCAGCAACAAGUGUGACCACGGGUGGAACAUCGAGUGUUGCGGGAAGUGUUAACACACCUUUGCAACUUGCUGGUACUACAGGUAAUCAAAUAAUGCAAGUUCCUUUGGGAAUGCAGCUCAUGCAGAUUCCAACUCAAGGUGGCGGCACUGUUACUGUUCCUUAUUCUAUGAAUGCUAACGAUGAGAUUGCGUUCAGUGGAAUGCAACUCAGCCAACAAGGCUUCAGUGGUGCUCAAGUGCGCCAAGGAUCCGAUGCAACCCAAGCUCAAACUCCGCAAGUUGUGAAGACUGGCUAUUUUGAUACGUCACAUGUCUUUCACAAUGCUAUCAAGCGAAAGGAUGAGAAUGGCAAUGAUGUCUAUCCUAUUCCAUGUCCUACCGGAAUGACUAACGUCGAACUUCAAUCCGACUGGCACUAUGCUAAUAAAAGUGAAGACUUGCCAGAUCUUGCUACUGAAGCAGAUCGAGGUAUGCAGUUUAUUCAAAGCCGCAGAAUCGAAAGAGAUCCGUUUGGUUUGCUCGAUCACGUCAUCAUGGACAGUGGUUGCACCAACACCACCAUUUGUAAUGGUGAACUCAUGCAUGGACUACGUCAAGCUGAGAACGAGCUCGAUGUGCACAAUAACGUGGGCAGCAGAGUUCUUGAUGAAGAAGGGUUUCUAGGAAGAUUUCCGCCUCCAGUCUAUUAUGAAUUGCCAAUGUAUUUGCUAUGCGCGAGAUGA